CAUUCUUUCAUGCUUUUUCUACGCAAUUCUUUUAUUCGAAUCCAUAAACGCUCUUUUCACGACUGCCCCAUCAAUUCUAUUCAAUCAUUGCGAUUAUUACUUAUUGGUAGCCCCGGCUCCGGUAAGGGUACGCAAUCAUCAAGACUUGUCAAGAAUUUUGGCGUCACUCAUUUAUCAAGUGGCGACUUACUUCGUAAAAAUAUUAGAGAAGGAACAUGGGUGGGUCAACAAGCAAAACAAUACGUGACCGAUGGGAAAUUAGUCCCUGACGGGCUACUGAUCUCUCUUGUAAAUAAGGAACUACUUCAUAUUGGCGCUACUAAUUGGCUUUUGGAUGGAUUUCCGAGAACAAUUGAACAAGCAAAGCAGUUGGAUACUUCUCUACAUCAAUUGAUGCAGCCUUUGAACUUAGUUAUUCAUUUACAAGUACCGGAAGAAGUCAUUUUACAAAGAAUCAUGGAUCGAUGGGUUCAUAUACCUUCCGGUAGAGUCUACAAUUUAUCCUAUAACCCGCCUCGUGUACCCGGAUUGGAUGAUAUCACAGGAGAACCACUCUCGAAACGACCUGAUGAUAAUCCAGAAGUAUUUAAAGUACGCUUGGACCAACAUCAUCGCAUGUCAAGACCCUUACUGGACCAUUACAAGGAUAUUGUUGUGAAUGUCAAAGGAAAUACAAGCGAUGAGAUAUAUCCUCAAAUUGAAAGGGAAAUUGUAAAUAGAUUAGGUAUUUUGCCUGGACAUGUCCCUGAUGUCUCGCCUAUUUCUGUAUUGAAAAAGGAAAAAGUGUAUAAACAAGAGAAAGAAGAGCAUCAAGUGAGCAACGUCUAGAAUUAGAAUUUGCGCACCCCGUGUCUAUGUAUAUACAUAUACAUAUAUAUAUAUAUAUAUAUAUCUUAUA